AUGCAAAAUAGAGAUCAUCCCGAAAUCUCAGACUUCUUAUACGACGCUAGGCGAUUUAUCCUUAAAUUCCAACAGAUAGCGGAGAUUGCACCCCUUCAACUUUAUACCUCAGCUCUAUUAUUUUGUCCAAGUCGCUCAACUAUCAGAGGCUUAUUCAAGAGUGAGCUUCUAAACUGGCAUGGAUUUCCGGGGGUUGAGGAGCUAUGGGGGGCUCAGCUACAGGCCCUUGAAGGUCAUUCUGAAUCAGUCCUGUCAGUUGCAUUCUCCCUAGAUGGCAAACUGCUGGCAUCUGGCAGUAAUGAUGAAACUAUCAAGAUCUGGGAUUCCAGCACUAGCAAGGUGCUCCAGACACUUAAAGGUCAUUCAGAUUCAGUUUGUUCAGUUACCUUUUCCCCAGGUAGCAACCUACUAGCAUCUGGCUCCGCUGAUACGACUAUCAAGCUCUGGGACCCCAGUACAGGCGAACUAUACCAGACCCUAAACAGCCAUUCUGGUGCAGUCUACUCAGUAGCCUUUUCCACCAAUGGUGAGCUGCUGGCGUCUGGUUCCCUUGAUAAAACUAUCAAGCUUUGGGAUCCCAACACUGGCAAAUUGCUCCAAACCCUUACUGGCUAUUCUGGUGUCGUUUCGUCAGUUACUUUUUCCCCAGCCAGUAAGCUGCUCGCCUUCUGCUCUGGAACUGAUCGAACCAUUAAGCUCUGGGACCCCAGUACGGGCAAGCUGGACCAGACUCUUGAGAGCCAUUCUGAACCAGUCGUGUCAGUAAGUUUCUCCGCCGACGGCAAGCUGCUAGCAUCUAGCUCUGAAGAUAAAACUAUCAAGCUCUGGGAUUCCAGCACUAGAAAUGUGCUCCAUACCCUUAAGGGCCAUUCUAGUUUUGCUUGGUCAGUUGCAUUUUCCCCAGACAGUAAGCUGAUAGCAUCCGGCUUUGAGGAUCACAUCAUCAAGCUCUGGGAUCCCAGUACGGGAAAGGAGCUCCGGACACUUGAGGGCCAUUCUGGGUCAGUUUUGUCACUUACUUUCUCUCGAGAUGGCAAGCUGCUGGCGUCUGGCUCUGAGGAUAAAACCAUCAAACUCUGGGAUCCUAGUGCAGAUGACGUGCAACAAACCUUUGAUGGCCAUCUCAAGUCAGUUCGGUCAGUUAAUUUCUCCCCGGAUGGCAAGUUGCUAGCCUCUGGCUCCUAUGAUACAACCAUUAAGCUUUGGAAUACCAGCACGGGAAAGGGACUUAAAACACUUAAGGGUCAUUCUGGCUCAAUUUGCUCAGUUACUUUCUCGCCAAACAGCAAUCUUUUGGCAUCUGGCUCCGCUGAUACGACUAUUAAGCUCUGGGACCCUAGCACUGGCAAGCUGCAGCAGACCCUUAGGGAUCAUCAAUAUUUAGUGCUAUCCACGGCUUUCUCCCCAGAUAAUAAGCUACUGGCGUCAGGAUAUGCUACUAAAACUAUCAAACUUUGGGAUCUUAGCACAGGAACUGUGCUCCGAACACUUGAGGGCCAUUCUAGUCCAGUUUUUUCAGUAGCUUUCUCUCAAGAUGGCAAACUACUGGCUUCCGGCUCCGAAGAUAAGACCGUCAAGCUCUGGAAGCCCAAUACAGGCGAGCUCCUCAAGACCCUUAGUUGUCAUUGUUAUGCAGUUUCAUUAGUUGCUUUCUCCCCAGAUGGCAAGCUGCUGGCUUCUAGUUCCUUUGAUAGGACCGUUGAGCUCUGGGAUUCUAGCACGGGAGAGCUGCAUCAGACUCUUGAGGGCUUUUCUGAGUGGCGUUGGGCCGAAAAUCAUAUUGGCGUAUCCAUACUACAUGCUGACAUUCGCCUGACGGUCGAGGGAAAGACCUUCUCGGCGCAUAAGGACGUCCUCGCAUAUCGCUCCGAGUACUUUGCCGCCCUCUUCCGCGGUGCAUGGUCCGAUCGUGAUCAUGUCACGUUCGACGAUGGGGAGAUUGCUCCUCACGUCUUGGAAAUGCUACUGGAGCUUGUGUACGGUGAGCGCUGCCGUCUGGACAAGGGGUCUGAGCUCACGGAAGACCUCCUGGCGGCGGCGGAUUACUUCCUUAUGGACGGGCUGAAAGAUGAGAUCCGGGACAGCAUUUGGGAUCCGCGGUAUCAGGAUUAUUCCGAUACUGGUUCUGAUUCGGACGGGUACUGA